AUGGAUUUAAAUAAAUACAGGAAUAAUACGAGUUACCCUAAACCAAAAGAAUUUGUGAGGUACGAUGGAAAUUACACGUCCAAUAAUAGAAGUGAAGAAAAUAAUUUUAGGGGAAAUGCACAGGUUCAAAAGGAAAACUAUAGAGAAAAGAAAAAGAAGGCUGGAAAAAAGUUUUACAACAUCUUUAAUGAUCCGUCAUGUACUCUGAUGGAAGACUGGUUGAAGAUUCGAGGAACCUUAAAAAAGUGGACCAAGCUAUGGUGUGAUCUGAAGCCCGGAGCACUUCUUAUUUAUAAAAACCCCAAAAAUGAUAAGUGGGUUGGGACAGUACUAUUGAAUCCCUGUGCAUGUAUUGAACGACCAUCAAAGAAAAAUGGUUUCUGUUUUAAACUCUAUCAUCCAUUUAAACAGUCCAUCUGGGCAGUUAAGGGUCCCAAAGGAGAGUGGCUUGGUGCCAUAACACAACCUUUGCCAAAAUGCUACCUAAUCAUUCGUACAGCAACAGAAUAUGAGGGAAGAUGCUGGAUGGAUGCCCUGAAAAUAGCCAUGAAACAGGGCAUGCAGUCAGAAUACUCAACAGUCAAAGAAGGAAAAAAUCAUGACCUAAAUUCUUCAGACAAUUUGGGUGCUGGUCCUUCUGGCCUGCAGCAAAACUAUGACUACUUAAGUGAAACUUCUUUGAUAAGUGUUAGUGAAAUUGAACAGAAGCAUUUCAGCUAUCUUGGUUUAUGUUCUGAUACAUCUGACAUUGAGAGUAAUGAUGACCACAAGGAGGCAGAUAAUGAUGACCUUUGGGAAUGUGACUCAUAUAUCCCUGAAAAACAAGAUGAGCCAAGUAGUGAUGGUCCUGGGAUCAGUGGCAGUGACACCCCUGAAAGGCGUAAUGAUUCCCAUGUGAAAACCCAGCCAGGAAACCUUAUAAUGGGAAGUACCUAUGUGUCAGAGGUUCCCGAAGAACCCGAAGAGAUUGGUAAAACAUCUCAGCUAAUCCAGAUGCUACUAAAGCAAAUUCACCCUGGAAUGGAUUUGUCCAAGAUUGUAAUACCUACAAUCCUCUUAGAACCUCGAUCAUUCUUAGAGGUACUGUCUGACUUCUACUGUCAUGCAGAUUUUCUUUCAAAGGCCGCAGUUGAAGAAGAUGCAUAUUGUCACUUCAAAAAGGUGGUGAAGUGGUAUCUGUCUGGGUUCUACACAGGGGCAGAGGGGCUAAAGAAACCGUACAAUCCAGUACUUGGAGAAACUUUCCGAUGCAUGUGGGUCCAUCCAGAAACUAACAGCAAGAAUUUUUAUAUAGCAGAACAGGUAUCUCAGCACCCAGCUGUUUCUGCCUUCUAUGUGAGUAACAGAAAAGAUGGGUUUUGUGUUGGUGGCAGCAUCAUGGUCAGUUCUACUUUUUGUGGAAAUUCUUUAUAUGUCAUGUUGGAGGGAGAUAUUGAACUUACCUUCUUAAAUCGAGAAGAAGAUUAUGUUAUGACCAUGCCACAUGUUCAGUGUAGAGGAAUUUUCUAUGGUACAUUUGCUGUCAGCCUUGGAGGAAUGGGAACAAUUAAAUGUGAGAAAACUGGCUACAAUGCAGAGAUUGACUUCGGAGAAAAGGUUAGAAUAAUUCUAGGAAUGACAAAAAUCUUUGAUAGUUACAAUCAAGUAUCAGGGAAACUCAAAAUGAGAAAUGAAGUCUUAUCUACAGUGGAGGGUCACUGGGACAGUGUGGUAAUUAUUCGAGAUGGCAAGACGGACAUUGCUGAAAUUUUAUGGAAUCCAUUACUGGAAGCAAAACAUUGUAGGCUUUCAAGGUAUAUAGUACGGCCUGAAGAACUAGGAGAAUUUGAAUCACAGAGAUUCUGGCAACAAGUGACGGAAGCUGUACUCAGUGAAGACCAUAUAACAGCUGCAAAUGAGAAGUUUAAUUUAGUGGAAGCACAGAGGCAGGCUGCCAAAGAGAGGGUGACUAAGAGUGACAAAUGGGUCUGCAACCUAUUUCAGCAAGAUAUGACCACUGGAAAAUGGCACUAUAAAUAUACUGAUUUCAGGCCCUGGGAUCCACUCCUCGAUUUGAUGCAAUUUGAAAAAGAUGGUAUCAUCCAAACCAGAUUCAAAUCUCAGACUCCAUUGAUCUGUAUUCAUAAAACUGAGAACAAAAGUGGUCAUCUGAAGAACAUGAAAAAUGGCUGCACAUCUCAGACUCCUGAUCAUCAAGACAUUUUAGGGAGUGAACGUUACAAAUCAAACCCUAUACAAUUACAGAAGAAAGGAAUAUAUCUCAAAGAAAUUCAAAAUGCCCUUGACUGUAUUCGAAAAUCCCAGGAUGGAAUUAAUAGAACUUUGAAAGACAUCCAUAACUUUCCUUUGAGAAAUCAUCCUCACAUAGAGCGUAAUAGCUUGCAGAAGAGAUACUACUUCAUUAUCAUAGUGAUCCUGCUUCAGAUAUUUUUCGUUGUCUGCUAUAUAUAUGGCAAAAAGCAAUGAAUAGUCAAAAUUCUAACUCAGAAAGGAUUGUGGAUAAAUAAAAGUAUUUUUA